GGCAGCAUGGCUGAACAGGAGAGCUUGGAGUUUGGGAAAGCGGACUUUGUCCUCUUGGACCAGGUGACCAUGGAGGACUUCAUGGAGAACUUGAAACUGAGGUUUGAGAAGGGGAGGAUCUACACCUACAUUGGGGAGGUGGUGGUCUCCGUGAACCCCUACAGGCAGACAAAUCUGUAUGGCAAGGACAUGAUUGAACAGUAUCGGGGCCGAGAACUGUACGAGCGGCCGCCUCACCUCUAUGCUGUGGCUGAUGCAGCCUACAAAGCCAUGAAGCGGAGGGCCAAAGACACCUGCAUUGUCAUCUCAGGAGAGAGCGGAGCAGGGAAGACGGAAGCCAGCAAGUAUAUCAUGCAAUACAUUGCUGCCAUUACAAAUCCCACCCAGAGAGCAGAGGUGGAAAGGGUAAAGAAUGUUUUGCUCAAGUCCAACUGUGUGCUGGAGGCAUUCGGCAACGCAAAGACUAACCGCAAUGACAAUUCCAGCCGCUUUGGCAAAUACAUGGACAUCAACUUUGACUUCAAAGGGGACCCAACGGGGGGCCACAUAAACAAUUACCUGCUGGAGAAGUCUCGCAUUCUCCAACAGCAGCCAGGCGAGAGGAACUUCCAUGCCUUCUAUCAGUUGCUCCUUGGGGCCUCGGAUGCUUUACUGGACUCGCUCUACCUUGGCAGAGAUCCAGAAGCCUACAGGUUCACCAGGGAGGGAGCCAGAAACAAUGGCUUGGGCAGUGACCAAGCCAACCACAAAGCUGUGGAAGAUGCCAUGAAGGUGAUCGGCUUUAGCCGGGAAGAGACGGACUCCGUCUACAAGAUCUUGGCGGCCAUCUUGCACUUGGGCAACGUGUGUUUCAUCACCACGGAGGAUGCCAUGAAGAUUGAGGACGACAGUCUGGUUUCCUACAUUGCCGAGCUGACCUCGACAGAAACUGGGAGCCUCUUCAAUACGCUCCUGCACCGGACGGUGGCUGCUGGGGGCGGGGAGGUGAUCCAGAAAGCCCACAGCAUCAAUGAAGCCAACUACGCUAGGGACGCCUGCGCCAAGGCCUUCUAUGAGCGCCUUUUUUGCUGGAUCGUGGCCCGGAUCAAUAAAGUCAUCGAGGUGAAGAACUAUGAUGCCCGACUCCAUGGCAAGAACACCGUGAUCGGCGUCCUGGACAUCUAUGGCUUUGAGAUCUUUGACACCAACAGCUUCGAGCAGUUCUGCAUCAAUUAUUGCAACGAGAAGCUGCAGCAGCUCUUCAUCGAGCUGAUCCUGAGGCAGGAGCAGGCGGAGUACCAGCGCGAGGGCAUCGAGUGGCAACACAUCGAAUACUUCAACAACCAAAUCAUUGUGGACCUGGUGGAAGAACCGCACAAGGGCAUCAUUGCCAUUCUGGAUGAGGCCUGCAUGACGGCUGGCAAGGUCACCGAUGCCCUCUUCCUGGAGUCGAUGAACAGCCGGCUCGGCAAGCACCCCCACUAUACCAGCAGGAAGGUCAGUCCGACCGACAAGUCUAUGGAGUUUGGACAGGAUUUCCGGAUCAAGCACUACGCGGGAGACGUGACGUAUUCUGUGGAGGGAUUUCUCGACAAGAACAAGGACACCCUUUUCCAGGACUUCAAGCGGUUGAUGUAUAACAGUGCAGACCCCGUCCUGCGAGAGAUGUGGCCUGAGGGGAAACAGAGCAUCACCGAGGUGACCAAACGGCCCCUGACGGCCGCCACCCUCUUCAAGAACUCCAUCGUGGCGCUGGUGGAGAACCUGGCCUCCAAGGAGCCAUAUUAUGUCCGUUGCAUCAAACCCAAUGACCAGAAGUCGCCGCACCUCUUUGACGAGGAACGCUGUCGCCACCAGGUGGCCUACCUGGGACUGCUGGAGAACGUGCGCGUCCGAAGGGCUGGUUUUGCCUACAGGCAGCCCUACGACCGCUUCCUGCUCCGGUAUAAGAUGACCUGUGAGUACACGUGGCCCAACCACCUCAUGGACACAGACCGUGAUGCCACGCAGGCCCUGAUGGAGCAGCACGGCUUCCAAGACGACGUUGCCUACGGGCACACCAAGAUCUUCAUCCGCACGCCGCAGACGCUGUUCUGUCUGGAGCAGGAGCGGGCCCAGCUGGUCCCCAUCAUCGUACUGUUACUGCAGAAGGCUUGGAGGGGUGCCCUGGCCCGCAAGCGUUGUCGAUACCUCCGGGCCGUCUAUACCAUCAUGUAUUACUUCAAGCGCUACAAAGUGAAGUCCUACUUGCUGGAGCUGGUGCAGCGCUUCCAGGCCGUGCGCUGCAUGCCUGACUACGGCAAGAGCGUGGAGUGGCCGGAGCCCCCAGCUGUGCUGGCGCACUUCCAGGAAAACAGCAAGCUCAUCUUCCGCAGGUGGCGCGCAAGACAGAUUGUGAAGAACAUCCCUCCCUCCGACAUGGAACAGAUUAAGGCCAAGGUGGCAGCGCUGGACGUCUUGCAAGGACUUCGGAAGGACUGGGGCUGCGGCAGGAACUGGGGACGGAAUUAUUUGGUGUUGGUUGACGAAAACCCUGUCAUGGCUGGCCAGUUCGCAAAGCGGGUGGAGGCCCUGAAGGAGAAGGUGCAUUUCCACUCGGUGCUGUUCUCAUGCCACGUCCGUAAGAUAAACCACUGCAACAAGAGCACAGACCGGGCCCUUCUCAUCACAGACCGGCACCUGUACAAGAUGGAGCCCAGGAAACAAUACCGAGUGAUGGCAUCCAUCCCUCUGAAGAUGGUGACAGGGGUGAGCGUGACUAGUGGCGUGGACCAGCUGGUGGUAUUCCACACACAGAACCACCACGGGCUGGUGGUCUGCCUUCACAAGAUGCAUCCAGCCAAUGACAACCGGGUUGGAGAACUGGUGGGCGUGCUGGUGGACCACUUCAGAAGGUCAAAGCUGGAGCUGCGGGUUCAAGUGUCGGACUGCAUCCAGCUCAGCCUGAAAGGAAGGAAGAGGCUGGUGUGUGUAGAGACGAGCAACGGGGAAGCCCAGCCCAACUUUGCCAAGAAUCGGGACGGUUUUGUGCUUUACUCGCCGAGGAGAUGA